UAAACAAAUGCAUAUAAUUGCAUUAAAAUGGUUUGCUAUCUUAUAGGUGUAUUUAUUCUUUGAUAAUUUCAAAAUUGCUCCUUAACAUUCACCUUGAAAUUCAGUCUCCUUUUGAUAUUGAAGUCAUGACAAACUCUAUCCUCAGGACAACAUGCAGAUGUCAAUAUUUAAUAUUCUGAUUUAUCACAUGGGAGGACAUAUUCGUACAUCACAUCUUCUUCUUCUCGUCUUUUCCUCACAGACUUCAGUUAAAGAAUGCAGCACACAGUUGAGACAGAUGAGUUGCAGCCUGUUUCUGCAUCUCUUUGACAAACUGAGGAACACUGCUUCAUGUUAACCAGCAGUUAGGACUCAUGUUGGAUAGAAAACCAUUUUAACUGUGUUUCUUCCUCCAGGGUGGAUCAUGGUGGAGAGCACAGGUUAAAACCUGGUAUGAAGAAGUAUAUCUGUGAACUCACACCGGAUACAAACACAAUAAACACAACCCUCAAACUGUUUAACAACAACAGGACGGUGACAUGUGUAGGACAGCAUCAGCCAUAUCCUGAUCAUCCAGACAGAUUUGACGUAGGUCCUCAGCUGCUGUAUAGAAAUGGCCUUACUGGUCGCUGUUACUGGGAGGUAGAGUGGACAGGAGGAGUUCUUAUAGCAGUGUCUUACGGAGGGAUCGGCAGGAAAGGAGACAGUUCUGACUGUUUGUUUGGAUUUAAUGAUCAGUCCUGGACUCUGGACUGCUCUGCUCUUGGUUACCAUGUCCGUCACAAUGGGAUACGCACAUCCAUCCGUUCCUCGUCCUACCCCCUCUUCAUCCCCUCCUCUGCCUCUAACAGAGUAGUAGUGUAUGUGGACUGUCCUGCUGGCAUUCUGUCCUUCUACAGAGUCUCCUCUGGCACACUGAUCCACCUCCACACCUUCAACACUACAUUCACUCAACCUCUGUAUCCUGGGUUUGGGCUCUGGCCUGGUGCCUCGGUGUCUCUGUGUCCCCCUGUGUAGACAAACACUCAGACUGCUGAGUGAAGACAGCUGCUCAAUCACUGUUCACUCUGUUUGCCAGUGAACAACUGGUGAACUGGAAACUGGAAGUGACACUGGCAGCUCCCUGUGCUUAAAUGAUGGACGAAGUUUCACUCUGGUUUCAUUUGAUCACUGACUAUGCUUUAUUGUUAGAAUAUUGUUUCUAUUAGAAGUAGCGAAAUGAUUUCCGCCGGGCUGAAUUAAUAUGUAUAAACUGUAUUGACACUGAUAUUAACUUCAAUUAAGUUUUCUUGGAGCAGAAAGUGGCUGUUAGUUAUUUCCUUUUAUCAGGAUCUUAAUGUGAACUUUUUCCUGAAAAUAUCCACCAGACAUCCCAGUCUAUUUGACAUCAGCUCAGUUUGUGUUAAAUCAUUAACACCAACAUAUGUUUCUAUCUGAUGUAAUGUGUCUUACACAUAACAUGUGUGGGUUGCUUUCCCUUCAUUUUUCUUGCCUCUACAGGUGAUGUAAAUAUUAUUUUGUAUCCCAUGUUUCUGGGCAGUUUUGGGUGUAUUACACUUGAAUAAAAAUACUCAUUCGCUACUUAUUCAGUACAUAUAUUCAGAGUACAUCACUUGUUUUUUACAUGGUUAUUGCUUUCUCUCUUUGCUGUAAUCUCUAAAACAUUUAUAACAAUGAAUUCAGCAAACAUGAUCUUUACAGAUGUUACAUAUAUUUCUCAUUCUGUGGUGUUUUACAGUCCUGUAUUUCGCAUCAUCAUUUUAUCAUUAAUUAACGCUUAAGGAAAAAAUGAAAAAAAGAGAAAAAUAAAAAGAGCGUGUCAGGCGUCCGUCCAAGUACACCUGUACUGAAACACCUGGCCCAAGUUUUUGAUAUGUUUUUCUGUUUGUUGGUUAGUUUGUGGUAAUUUGAUGAAACACAGCUGUGUUUGGGAAGUCACAUCAUGUGAGCAAAAUAUAACCUAUAAAAAUAAUCAGAGCUCUUGCUGCUUUUAAAUACUCAUUUUGUAAUAUCCUUUUUAAAUGUAGGCUUAAUCAUUAAACAUUUAAAGACAGAUCAAAGAAAUACAAUUAUUAAUUAGCAAAUUUAACAAUAUGAAGUAUAUAUUUUUUAUUUUGAGUUUUACAGUGCGUAAUUUAAAAGCAUAUAGUAAUUAACUCAUUAAAAUGCAAUUACAAAUAAAUAUGUUAAAAGUCUUUAAUUUAGUUUCUAAUAAUUCAAGUUCCACUUUCCCCUAUUUUAGAAACCAAUGUUGGAGACAUCCAAGGCCACCAGGGGCCCUAAUUCAUCAAUAUUAAUAUUUAUUUAAAUAUGUUUUAUUUUCAAUAGAAAUAUAACAGGAAACUAGUAUUGUAAAUAACUUUGUAAAUAUAUUUAACAGCCCAGUUUCUGUAGGGGUGGAUAGCAUUUUUGUUUAAUAUCUUUUCUCCUGUUUCUGUUAAGUUAGGAGUUAAGUCAGUGAUUUGUAUUUUUGUUUCUUUAUGUUUAAAUAAGUAAUUUUAGGUUGAUUAGCUUUAGUUCCCUUUUGUUUGUUGUUUUGCUGUUAACUCACCCUGAAACUACAACUAUGAAAUAAACAUUUAAAGGGCUGAAAA